AUGCUUCUCGCUCCCUCCCUCAUCUUGCCUUGGGCAGUCAACCUAGUGGCCGCAACAACACCAAGAAUUGACACAGAACCUCCAAUGCCCUCGGUAGUCCUAGAUUAUACCACUCUCAUCGCAGCUGCAGGCAAUUCGUCUCUUGGUUACUACAAAUAUCAAAACAUUCGCUACGCACAACCCCCAAUCUCCACUCUCCGCUGGAUCAAACCACAAUGGCCAAUUCCAGAAUUUUCUCCCAACACUGGCUCCCUCGCCGCCCCAGACGUAGCAUGCAGUACCGAAGAAGACUGUCUUUUCAUGGAUAUGUGGGCCCCUGCCGAUGCGGUAGGUAGGAAUUUACCGGUCAUGGUCUUUACACACGGCGGACGCUUUGUCAAGGGAGCGAAGAGUGAGAACGGUCCCGAGGGAUUGUUUGAUUUGUCGAAGGAUUUUAUUUAUGUGUCGUAUAACUAUAGACUUGGGAUGACUGGUUUGGCAAGUGGGGUGACGCUUAAUCAUGAGGGGGCCUCCUCGAAUGUUGCGCUUUGGGAUGCGGAACAUGCUUUUUGGUGGAUUCGAAAGUACAUAUCGAAUUUUGGGGGGAAUCCGGAGGAUGUCGCAGCGGUGGGGUUCUCGGCUGGAGCUUCGCAGUUGCUUUUCCAGAUGACGAGGUUUGCGGGGAGAGGAGAGCAACUGUUCAAUAGGGCGUGGAUUAUGUCUCCGGGAUAUCUUCCUGGUGCUGGGAAUGAGCAAGCGGAGAGCUUUUGGCAGAAUGUUUCGACUGCUGUUGGUUGUGGUGGAGGUGCUGUUGACUGCAUGCAAACGGUCAAUUUUGACACUCUGAAUAGCGCGGCUACGGAUAUUUCCACUGCGUUUGGGUAUGCUUUACAGCCUCGUGUUGAUGGUGACUUUGUGACGGAUACUUGUAAGCUCACUAAGACUUUCUUAUUGAAUUUAAAUACAAGAGAAGAUAUGCCUGACAUGUUGACCCAGAUGAAUCGCUUCUCUACCAAAACCGAUUCAAUUUCACCGGUCCCCUAAUCAUAACCCACGAACAACACGAAAUCAACAGUGUCGCCUGGCCAAGUGUAAAUGUAACAGCAGAUAUCGCCACCAAUCUUAGAAUCUUCUUUCCAUCCAUAAGUGACAGCGUCAUAGCCGAAGUCUGUGGACUGUACCCGGAAGAGGAUUACAGCAGUCCUGGCCUUCGAUUUGCAGAUAUGAAACAAGCUUGGGAGUUGACGGCUCAUAAUCUUGCACUGACGCAUGCUCUGAAGAAUCAAACCUGGAAUGGAAUGAUUGCACUUGGUCCUGCAGUUCAUGGAACCGAUCAAAAGUACUAUUGUGAGUUUCAUUCGGAAAAUCAGUACUCUGAAAUCUUGUAGGAGGGAAAUUCUAAUUCUCGAAAUCUAGUCUAUACUACAUACACACUAACUAACACGACUAUUGUCGGUGGUGGUGGACCUGGAGGAGAUAAAUCCAUCGAUCCAGCAAUCGCCAUCAAGAUGCAGAAAUAUCUUAUUUCCUUGUGUUGACAGGGGAUCCUAAUGAGAUGUGUCGGGAUGAUAAUAUUGAGUGGCCAUUGUACGAUUGUUCGGCUAAGGGGACGGAACUUUUGUUCAACACCACGUUUUCUACGCAGUACGAUUCGUUGGCGAAUGAGAAAAGUUUAUUUUGGAAUAAGGCUCUCUGGUAUUAGAACGUCUCUAAAUAUUAUAAUACUAUUUACACAGCCUGUCAAGGAGAAUCUAUAUCAGAAUAUUCUCCAUUAGACACUCAACCAGCUGGAGGUCCAUUCGUAGCAACCUCCAUCAGCAUCGCCACCCAUGCAUUCAUCUCAUC